ACUACAUUCAAGAAUGGCAGUAAAUGGUUUGUUUUUGUGUCUACAACUUCUUUUGUGGUAUUCAAGUGCUGAACAGCUAAAUGAACCUAACUUUGAGCAAGAUGAUGGUCCAGUUAUAUUACAAGAUCCCACUCUCUAUUAUUUGAACUACAAGACAGUGUAUGUGAACUGUUCUGUUUAUGGAGAGUCUCUAUUUGAAGUCUCAUGGUUAUAUAGUACUGAUGAGAUAUCUAAUAGAUCCAGUGACUACACUAUCAUCAGUGGUAGUAAAGUGUCUAAUAUUGUGUACAAUCCUAACUCUGAUGAUGAAGGAUAUGUGUGGUGGAAUAGUUCUCUUCUUUUGAAUCCUAUUAAUAACUCAACAGUUGGAUAUUACUACUGUAGAGCCAACACCUCAUUUGGUCUAAUGUAUUCAAAACCGGUCUAUGUCAGGAACACUUAUUUACCGAGGCUAAACUUCACAAGGUUUGUUAAAAGUGGUAACAAUGUGUUUGGAACAUGGAGAGUGAUAAGUUUUCCAUUGCCAAAAAUUCUAAUUUCAUUUCAGUACUUGAAUAGAUCUAGUAAAUCUCUAAGCCAAAAAAGAGUAUACAAUGACUUCAUGACUGCCUAUGUGUCAAACAACGCAUACAGUACAAAUCAUUAUAAUACUUACGUUAAUAAAACAGGUGAUGAUAGCCUGACCGUACGUUGGAGGUAUUCUUUCCAUCGAUUGUUUUCAAUGCGACUAAUAGCAAUCAGUUAUGAUUACUCAUUGCAAAAGGCACACUAUCACCAGCUAUACAAUCAUACUGGUCAAGCUUAUGCAAGUUUUGAUUCUUUAUCAUCCACUGAACGAAAGGUCACCUUUUCAUGUCUCUGUGGAGAGUGUGAUGGUAUUGAAUGGAGACAGGACAAUAUACCAUUACCAAAGAGUAGCUAUGGUGUUAUUGCACUCAAGAAAGAGCUUUGGCCAUAUCACUCAAUUAAUCUGAAACACAGCACACUGUCAACUUCGUACUAUGACAGUUAUCUUUAUAGCUGCCACGCAGUUAACUCUCAGGAUAAUAUAUUUGAAAACUCUCCAGCAUAUAUUAAUGUCCCACUUGCUAAAAUUAUUGAGAGUCCAAAAGCAUCAACAUACAUCCCUGGAGAAACACUCACUCAGAAAUGCUCUGCUCGUAGUCUCUAUCCAAUGACUGUCAGAUGGCAAAAAUCAAGAAAAAAUCUGUUUUCAACUAUAGUUAAAACAGAUUCACUUGCAACAGAAGGCCUUUAUAAUGUAUUGAACAGUACAAUCAGUGCAAGAAUCUCCUUUUCAACACCACUUUCAUUUAAUAUGAGGUGUAAAUUCUAUACACGAAUUUAUUUUCAGCCAAAUAACUUUACAAAAGUACAUGGUCUGUAUCAGAAAGGGCUAUUAUUUGAAAGACUAAUAAAAUCUAGAACUAAUAUUGAUACACCAUAUCGCAGAAUGACAAUACAAUAUCCAUCAUCUAUCACCUCUAAUGUCACUAAUAUCACAAUAAAUGAAACUGAAAGGAUGUACUUGUGGUGUUCUGCUAGAGGUGCUCCUCAACCAACUAUCAUUUGGUAUCACAAUAGCACACAGCUCCACUCAAACAGUUAUUUGACAAUAACUAAUCCCUCAGUUCAACAAUCAGCAGUAAUUAUACAACUAACCAGAUAUGAAAGAGAUAAGGGAACAUAUACAUGUGAAGCUAGAAAUGGUGUCGCUACUAAUUUGAUCAAUGCUAAACAAUCCCACAAUAUAACUGUGAAUAUACUAGUGGCUCCAGAGAUUGAGCUGCCAGAAAACAUAGCAGCUUAUGAGAAUGAAAAUAUUAUUAUUACUGUAAAAGUAAUAAGGGCCCAUCCUCCUGUACUGCCUGACCACAUAUCAUGGACACAUACAACCAGUUAUGGAAGUGCAAGCCUCAAUCAAAGUAUUGAGGAAGGGUAUGAUAGCAGGGUCAACAUCUCAGAAAAUGGUAGGAGUCUUUAUAUUUCUGAUCUAACAAGUGAUGAUGAAGGAUACUAUCAAGUAUUAAUAUGGCAUCCAGCUGGGUAUAAGAAUAAAACAACCUAUCUUAAAAUAAAUACUAUACAAGUUGGUAUACAAGAUGGAGAACCAUCUACGGCCUCAUCUGCUACAAAUUCAAAUGGAUUGAUCAUUGGUAUAGCUUUAGCAUCAGGGUUUGCACUAAUGGUACUGUGCCUCAUAGUGGUAGGAGUCAUUUGUGGAAAAAGAUGCAAAAGUAGAACAGAACCUAUGAUUGCAUUUGAAAUGGAAACUCGUCUGAGGCUAAUCUCAACUUCCACAAACAAUGCUGAAAUUUGCUUAAACAAUAUUGAUCAAGAAGUUUUGAAAAAUAUUCCCUAUGCUUUGUUAAUGAAGAAAACUCACUUAAAGAUACUGGAUUGUGUUGGACAAGGUGAAUUUGCUAAAGUGUACAAAGGACAUUACUAUAUUGACAGCCAAUGUAUUACAGUUGCUGUUAAAGCACUUAAAGGAACAUUGGACAGAUACAGUAGUGAAAGUAUGAAAGAAUUAAUUGAGGAGAGUCUAGUAAUGAAGGAUUUACAGCAUCCUAAUGUAAUGGGAUUAAUUGGUAUAUGCUUAGAUGCUGGACCAUCACCACUGAUUGUACUACCAUAUAUGGAAGGUGGUAGCUUGUCGAAAUAUUUAAUAAAGAAUCGAGAGAGUUUGAUGGCUUGCACAUCUACAGAUGAUGAUGAGAUCAAUCAGUUGUGCUCCCAGCUACUGUCAGUAUGUUUGCAAAUUGGAAAAGGAAUGCAAUACUUGGCAGGAAAAGGUCUAAUACACAGAGAUUUGGCUGCCAGAAACUGCAUGUAA